CGUGCUGCAAUUUCGGUUAGCGGGCACAUAACGCAUUUUGAUUGUUUAAUUUUAGAAUUUAGCAACUUUUCCGUGUUAUUACAAAGUGAAUUGUACGUAAAAAUGUCUGAGCCAAUUUCAGCGUUUGUAGCAUAUCGAGCUGCAGCUUCGAAAGGCGGAAAUACAGGCCGAAAAUCAAACAACAAGAAAGCCGGUGGAGGUGCUGCUGGUGGUAGCAAAGCAGGUGCCAACAAAAAAACUGAGGAGAAAAAUACAUCUUUGCAAAAAGAUAAACCAAAAUCUGGUGCUAAAAAUCGUGCUGAGGCCAAGUCGAGCGGCGUAGCGAAGGAAAAUGGUGCACCAGCUAAGAAUAAAGUUGCCCCCAACAGGGAAAAAGAUGGCUCUGCUAAGGCCAAGGACGCUACCAAAAAGACAACCCCAAAAAUUGAAACGCCUCAAACCAAAAAUGUUGCCAACAAAGCAGCUAACAAGACAGAACCCGCUAAGCAGAAACAGAAAGGUGAACGCGCAGUUACUAACGGUAAACAAGUUUCCAACGGCAUUAAAGGAAACGAUAUCGACACUUUGGUGGAGCAAUUGUUGGGCGAUUCACCUUCAAAUGCCAAAAAGCUGACUAAAGCACAGCAGAAAAAGAAACAGGAAUUGGAAGAUUAUUUAGUGCGGCAGCUAAAGCAGUAUGAUGAAGAGGCUGGUGAAGAAGAAGAGGAUUCAGAGUUUGGCAGCGAGGAAGACUAUAGUAGUGGCUCUGAAGAAUUCUCCGAGUACACAAUAAAUAGUUACACAGAUGAUGAUGACGAAGAGAGCGAGGAAGAAGAAACUGAACUCAGCGGUGAAUACCCAACUGAAUCAGUGGGAGAAAAUGUACCGGUUGCCAAGUCCACCAAAAACAAAGCGGCAGUGCCUAAGCGCACUGAACUCAGCGUCGAAUCCUCAACUGAAUCAGCGGAAGAAAAUGAACCAGUUGCCACGUCAACCAAAAACAUAGCGCCAGUGCCUAAGCGCAAAUCCAAUGAAGGUGCAGUUGCAAAGACUGGCAGUGAAGCGAGUGUGCCUAAGAAAUCGCGUCAAGCGGAAAAACCCGUUGAUAAGCGGAAGUCAAUGCCUGCCGCAGCAGCAGCAACUGAGAAAAUAGAGAAAGGUGCACAAAAACGACGUUCUAUUGCUUCAACUAGCAGUGAUAGCGCGUCCACCUCGAAAGUUACUGUGGAUGCAAAGAUGGUGAAGAUGGAGCCAUUAUCGCCACCAAAUAAUAUCGUCAAAAUGAAUAGCAUACAGGAGGGUGAAAAGGUAUUUCGCUGGCUACUAAGUCCACUGGCGGUUAAGGAAUUCCUUGCAAAGUAUUGGGAAGCUAGCGCCUGUUUGGUCAAGCGCAAGGGAUCCAACUACUACUCGCAUCUCAUAUCGUUUGAGGCUAUUGACCAGAUGUUAAUAAAAAAUCAUGUAGAAUUUACAAAAAAUAUCGAUAUUACUUCGUAUAAAAAUGGUGAACGAGAAACACUUAAUCCGGUAGGGCGCGCCAUGCCGCCCAUUGUUUGGGAUCACUAUGGGCGAGGCUGCAGCAUACGCCUGCUAAACCCACAAACUUUUAUACCAGAGCUGUUUCAGCUUAAUACCACCUUGCAGGAGUACUUCCACUGCCUAGUUGGCGCUAAUGCCUAUCUCACACCGCCCAACAGCCAAGGUUUUGCACCACAUUACGAUGAUAUAGAGGCUUUUGUGCUGCAGAUUGAGGGACGCAAGCGCUGGCGACUCUAUAAACCGCGAACGCAGGCAGAGCAGCUGCCGCGUUUUUCGUCGAAGAACUUUAAGCAACAGGAAAUCGGCAAGCCCAUAUUUGAUGAGGUGCUGGAACCCGGCGACAUGUUAUACUUUCCGCGCGGCACCAUCCAUCAAGCUUGCACCGAACCGGGCUAUCAUUCAUUGCACAUCACGCUGAGCGUGUAUCAAAAGCAAUCUUACGCUGACCUCUUCGAGCGGAUGGUGCCGCUGGUGUUACAGCGCGCCAUUGAAAGCAACCUUGAUAUGCGUCGCGGCUUGCCGCUGCAUACUUUUCAGCAUGCUGGCAUUGCAUACAGCGACAAUGACACUCAAGAACGUGCCGAACUGUUACGCAAAGUGACUGAACUGUUCGGACAAUGUUUGGAUAGCGCGCCACUGGCCGAAAUGAUGGACGCAGCUGUGGAUCAACUCGCUAAAAAGUAUCAACAUGAAGCUCUGCCGCCACAUGUAUUGCCAACAGAGCGCGCGCGCACCAUAUUCGGUUCGCGCAGCACUACCAAUGAACAAGGCGAAUGCAUGUGUGACUACGAAAUCGAUGAGCGGACCAACGUACGCUUGCUGCGCGCAAAUAUAUUGCGGCUGGUGCAGGAGGAAAGCAAAGUGCGCAUAUACUAUUACUUGGAUAACUCGAAGGAGUACUGCGAAUAUGAACCCAACUUUAUUGAAAUUGAGUCGGAUGAAGCGGCAAGCGUAGAGGUGCUCAUACGCUCUUAUCCCGAGUAUGUGGGUGUGUCACAGCUACCAAUGGACGAUGAAGAACGCAAGGUGCAAAUGGUUACGGCGUUGUGGGAGCGCGGAUUGCUGAUGACCGAAAAGCCCUUUAAGUGAUUGAUUGAAGAAAAUGUUUGUUAUGAUAUUUAAAUAAUUUUAAAAUAGUAAAAAGAAAAUGUUUGUUGGCUUA